UCUAACAAUUGGAAAAGCAAAGCUAGAAAACCGGGUCAUCCCAUACCAUAUACAUCUAAAUAAUCUGACCCGUUUUCUAUCAGACUUUAUAAAGCUCCCAUCUUUUCCACUCAGAACAACAAAAUUAGGGUUUAUCAAAAGCAAUGAACAACACAUUGUUAUUUAACAAACUAUCAAACGCCGCCGUUUUAAUCCUACCAUACUUAACCCCAAAAGAACUCGCCACCGUUUCACAAACCUGCAAAACCCUAAAUUUAAUCACCAAAUCAAUCACAGCAGUUAGAUCAUCAGACGCUUCUAGAACCUUCGAGAAGCAUCCAAUCCCAUUUAUAAACACUAUAGACGAACACCCAUAUGCAUAUUUUCUCUAUACACCAAGUCAAGUUUUGAUCUUGCCGGAAAACCCGAACCGACAACCAUGGGGGUCGGGUUUUGAUGGGAAACUGGAUCUGGGUAUUUUUCAUCCACCUGUUUUUAUUAAUGGGUCUGAGUUGGUUUUGGAUAAUGGGUCGGGUUCUGCCAAUGUGGGUCGAAAAAGUGUGGUUGUGAAGUUAAAGAUUGUUAGGUGUUUGGAAAAAGGGUGGGGCUUGUUUGCUGAUGAGGAUAUCGGAUGUGGAGAAUUUGUUUGCGAGUAUGCAGGUGAACUGUUGACAAAAAUAGAAGCAAGAAGACGUCAACAAAAAUAUGAUAAACUUGCAGCCAGUAGCAAGCAUACAACAUCUCUUCUAGUAGUAAGAGAGCAUCUUCCAUCAGGGAAUGCAUGUAUGAGAAUUAACAUUGAUGCCACAAGGAUUGGUAAUGUUGCAAGAUUUAUCAACCAUUCUUGUGAUGGUGGGAAUCUUUCAAUAGAACUCGUACGAAGUUCAGGUGAUUUACUACCUCGAGUCUAUUUUUUCACAUCCCGAGGUAUAUUAAAAGACGAAGAGCUCACUUUUAGCUAUGGAGAUGCUAGUUUGAAUCCAAAUGGCUCAAAGUGUUUAUGUGGCAGUAGUUGUUGCUCUGGAAUCAUGCCUUCUGAACAAACAUGAUUUCAGGUUUAUAGGAAAAUUCUACGGUUCGUUUCAUCAGAAACAGUGAGACUAUUAUCUGGAUUGGAGCAUCUGAUUGGCAAAGGCCAAAGGGUCCCCACUCUCUUCCUCGUCGUCAUCCUCGUCAUCAUGACAUGGUUGACAAAGCUGUAGAGGAUUAAAGCUCUGUUGUGAAAGAGCAUUACUGUGAUGAUCAUCUGCAAGAUUAUUCAAACCAGAAUCAAAGCUGUUCAUGUUAAGUAUGUUGUUAUUUGAAGCAGAUGAAGCAUUUGAAUAUGCUGGCUGUAACAGUGAAAGGUGGUGCAUUGGCUCCAGUUGCUGCUGUGAACUCUGAAGUGCGUUUGCUACCAGAAGCUUGUUGUUUAUCAGCUGGUUCUGUACCAUUGCUAGCUCUGUCUGCAACGCUGCUACCUGUGAGUACAAACAUAAUGUUGCUUUAUUAAAAUUUCUGUACAAGGACAACCUGAAUCUGGAUGUAUUUUAUGUAGAUGUUACCAUAUCAACCCAUUUAUUUAUGAA